AUGAAAUUGGUUCAUGCGCCAAUUUGGGUGGUUUUUCGUAGAGUUCCUCCGGAACUCUGGUCAGAAGUUGGAUUCAAUACUAUGGCCUCAGCUGUCGGUAUACCAGUUCACUCUGAGUCCCCGACUCUUAAACCAUAUACUAACGGGAUAGUUAAGCUCAAGUUAUUGACCCCUUCCCUCUCCUCUGUUGUUCCUCUGGAGGUUUCUGGUAAUCUUAUUGAAAUACAGUCAUCAGGUUCGGAAAGAGAGGAAGUUGGCGAAUUGUCAACAAAUCCAUCUUCUCCUUUAGCCGAAUCGUCGCCUCCUCUUGUGGCUGUCCUGCAGCUUUCAGACCCGUUACCUCUAGCUAUCCCGGUUUCUGUCAACUUGCUGUCUGCGACCCCCACUCUUAGAACCCCGAGCCCUGGUUCUCUUAGUACUUCUGCAAGUUCUCCUUCGUAUAAUUGGGUUGCUGUGGUUAAGCGAUCCCGUCCCCCACCUCUCUGCAAUCGGCGUCAGAAGAAGCUCUAUUGGGCUCUCCAGUCCAUCGGCGUCAAAAUCCUCGGAUUUCCUCUCCUCCAAGCUCUCUUUUGGUUCGUGUCAAUUGGAACAGCUGCCUUCAAGCAAUGUUCCUACUUCAGAUAUUUAAGUGUCUAG